AAUUUCAGAGUGGCGUCAUAAACCCGCGCUUUGUUUGGAACGUCAGCUCGUUGGCGGGAUUUAGGCUCCGGGAAAAGACAGGCAACGAUUGUUGUGAGAUAUUUGCAAUGCAGUUUUUAGGCAGAAGAAAGAAGCUGAUCGGCAACUUUCAGAAUGAUCUGUAUGAUCAAUGUCUUCAGUUUUAUGGACAGCCUCCUCUGGAGAACAUCUCUCUCUCUGAGUUUGAAAGCUUCGCAGUGGAGAGAUUGAAAUUACUCAAGACUGUCGAAAACGUUGGGGUGAGCUGUGUGAAAAAUUCAGAACGAUACACCAAGAAAUUGGACGCUGAAAUUUCAAGUCUGAACUUCCCACACAGGGCAGAACUGGGUGACCAAAAGGUUCAGGGAGGAAUAUCUGAAUAUGAGAAACGAAGAAAAGACCACAUCUCCCAUUUUAUUCUGCGCUUGGCUUAUUGUCAGACAGAGGACCUUAGGCGAUGGUUUAUCCAACAGGAAAUGGAUCUUUUCCGCUACCGGUUUAACUGCCUUCAUUCAAAGCACAAGACUGACUUUUUGCAUAAAAAUAAUUUGAAGUAUGAGACGGUAAGUGCAGAGGAGAAGAAAAACCUAAAAGACAAGCUCAUUGCCUCCAGUUAUGGAUUAAGUGGAACCAAAGUGGAAGAACAUGAUGUCUACAAAGUGCCAUUCCAGGAUGCCCUGGAUUUAGUGCGCACAAGGAAAGUCUACUUGCUGGCUGGAAAUGCUUACAUUCCCCACCACGAAAUUGUCACGAUUGUCCUUAAUGACUUCCGAACAAGACUGUCCAAAGCACUUGCGGUAAGUAACAAAAUUGGAGCUCACCAUCUUCAUGGUGAGAUGAAUGUUGUAAACUUUAAAGGAAGGCAUUAUUAG